AUGGGAAUAAAUUAUGGAUCUUGGAUCCUCCUCUUUCAUACACUAGUAAUCUUACUUUUGCAUUGUUCUCAUGGAGACCAAGCUAAGGUAUUGGCUGAAAGAGAAAACAAAUCAUUGGAAAUUCAACACAACAAUCAUCAUCAUAAUCAUAUGGGUCAUAAUAUUGAUCCUUCAUUAAUGGUUUUCUUCACUUUGAAAGAUUUGAAAGUAGGGAAAAGAAUGCAAAUAUAUUUUCCUAAGAGAGAACUAUCACUAUCAACAUUAUGGCCCAAAGAAAAAGCUGAAUCACUUCCUUUCUCAUCAAACAAACUUUCAUAUCUUCUCAAAUUCUUCUCUUUUUCUCAAGGUUCACCUCAAGCCAUAGCCAUGAAAAACACCUUAAAAGAAUGUGAGACUAAACCCAUCAAAGGAGAAGUCAAGUUUUGUGCUACAUCAUUAGAAUCUAUGCUUGAAUUUACAAAAAAUGUUUUUGGUUCAAAAUAUGAAAUCCAAAGUUAUGCAACUUUGCACAAAACCAAGUCAAAUGUUACUUUCCAAAAUUACACUAUAGUAGAAACUCCAAUGGAAAUUCUAGCUCCCAAAGUAGUGGCUUGUCACACUUUAUCUUACCCUUAUGUUGUUUUUUAUUGUCAUAGCCAAGAAAGUGAGAACAGGGUAUAUAGAAUUUCAUUAGUUGGUGAAAAUGGAGAUAAAGUGGAAGCUAUGGCAGUUUGUCACAUGGAUACAUCACAAUGGGCACAUAAUCAUGUUUCAUUUCAACUUCUUGGGAUUACACCAGGAAGCUCUUCUGUGUGCCACUUUUUCCCGGCUGAUAAUUUCGUCUUCAUCCCGAAAUUCAAAUCAAAACCUUCGUACACUUGA